AUGCAACUCAGCCGUCUGUUCGCAACUGCCAUCACCAUACUUGGCGUCCAAGCCAAACUUCAAUCAAAAGAGGACUAUCUGAAGAACAUCGCCCCCAGUGAACUAGAUCGACUCUCCAAAUAUGAAGCCUCCCACAAAGACUUGAACCUUUCUCAAAAGGCAGCUCUCAACCUCAUCAAGUCUGCCGUCACCAACUUUGCCACCGACGAGCAAGACUCCACAGAGAAGGUUUGCAACGUCGCCUUUGGUGAAGCAGAGUGCAAGAGCAUUCUCUUUGGUGGCCAGCCCUCCGCGAGUACAUCUAGUACUCGUCGGAGUGGGUUGAAGAAACGGGUGGGCAGUUGCACAUGCACUGUUUCUAGUGAUUACUGCGGUAAUGGCCUCGUCUGCAAGAACUUGCCUGGGGAAUGUGCACCAGCUGGUGCGAAUGGACUUGGCGCUGGCAAUCAAGCCCGUACUUGGAUCCCAGGCAACGCCAAAAUUCGAGGCGUUAACCUCGGCUCCCAGUUCAUCAUCGAGCCAUGGAUGGCCCAAGAUGAAUUCAGCAGCAUGGGCUGCGGAGGCCUCAACGACGAGUGGCAGUGUGUCGAGCACCUCGGACAGGACGCUGCUGACCAGGCAUUCAAGAAGCACUGGGACACGUGGACGACCCAAGACGACAUCAAGCAGAUUGCGAGCCUUGGGCUAAACACUAUUCGAAUUCCGGUCGGUUUCUGGCUCAAAGAGGACCUUGUCAAGGAUGGGGAGCAUUACCCUCGGGGAGGUGUCGAAUAUCUCGAUAGGCUGGUUGGUUGGUGCAAAGACAACAAUAUCUAUGUUAUCAUGGACUUGCACGGUGGUCCUGGAUCACAAUUUCCCAACCAGCAGUAUACUGGCCACGGUGUUUCAGAGGCUGGUUUCUACAACCAAGACAACUAUGAGCGAGCGGCGAAGUUCCUUGAGUGGAUGGCCGAGAGAAUCCAUACCAACGAGACGUACAAGACUGUCGGGAUGCUGGAAGUCCUCAACGAGCCUGUUCAUGCGGGCGAUCAUGCGAGUGAAGCUGCUGACAUGAUUCACACGUUUUACCCUCUUGCUUGGAACCGUAUCCGUGAUCGUGAGAGUAAGCUUGGAAUCAAGGACGAAGACCGCCUUCACAUCCAGUUCAUGGGCAAUGCUUGGGGUUCUGGUGAUCCUACGUCCGCUCUACCCAGCACCGAUUUCGCCGCCUUUGACGACCACCGCUACUACAAAUGGGAUGGUUCCGUGUCCAAGAGUAAGGACGGUUACAUCAACGCCGCUUGCAAUGAUAAGCGUGAAGAUGGCGUUAUUAUUGGGGAGUGGUCCAUCUCGGUCGCCGAUGAUGUUGAGUCGAAUGAUGAGUUUGGCAUCCGUGGCCGUACCGACCAGGCGGAUUGGUAUAAGAAAUUCUGGGCCGCACAAGUUCAGGCGUUUGAAAAGUCGGCGGGAUGGGUGUUUUGGACGUGGAAGUGCAACUGGAUUGGGGGCUUCGACGAGUGGCGAUGGUGUUAUAAGUCGGCUGUUGCGGCUGGUGCUAUUCCCAAGGAUGCUGGCAGUGCUGGGGACAUUCACCCUUGCUGA